GGCCCAAACAGCGCCUGAGCGUCUAGUUGCUCCCUUAAGCGCUUGGCUCCACAACACGUUGCGCCUUUGGGCAUAGACAUCGUCCCUGCGCGAAGCAUUUCCAUGAGUGCAGAGUUGACCUCCCGUUUCAUAGCUGUGCCUCGGGUUCCUCGCCUCGGAACACAUAGGGAGGUGUCGGGACGAAUCGACGCUCUCGCGGCAGACAUGGCGCUACGUGCUUUAAUUGUACAAUAGCUUAACCUAUUGGGUACACCAGGGAUUGCAGCGUGUCCAUGUAUGAUUGUCAGGCAUACCUCAUUGCUAAUAUCGCGGGAUGCGUGUAUAACAUGACAGUGGAGCUGAUCACAGCAGAGAUGUGCAUAGAUCACAAGAGCAGUGUAUUGCCCAAUGAUCCUCCUGCACAAUAACGACUGCAGUGCAGCGAUCGAUACUCGAGGCUUGCAUGCUCCAUUGGGACUCAAGGCUCUGUUUAGAAACUUAACGCCUGCAGGGACCCUGAUGCAUGCACAUUGGAGAUGAUCCCAUCCAGUCGUGUCGGCGUAGAAUGGUAGCUCUCAUAGUCCUCGGGACAAGUUGUCAGCGAUCCGGUACUGUGACAUGGGGUAUCAGGGCCAGAAGCCAAAGAACUAACGAAAAAAGGACUGUCAAAGGUAGGGAAUCAAUAUUCGCUGACUUCGUAAGCGUGCAUCUUUGUUCCGCAAUCUGGCUCGACGUUCGAUGGAUAGCUCGAUCUUAGCUUCGUCCGAAUCUAAUAGGCGUGUUGCUAGAUGAAGGACAUGUGGCGAGAUCGUGGGUCCGAAAUACAUGUGCCGACACGGAAGAAGCUUUGUUAUGAGACUCGAAGUCUUGUCUAUGAACGGAUGGAGCCUGCUUCGACGAGGCCGAGCGUCCUCUGUAUUUCAAAAAAAAAAGAUAGUUAAUAUUUGUGCCUUAGACGCGACCAACGGAAGCAGAUUACCCGAGAUCACAACACCAAACGGUCUCGGUGGCGGACAUAACAACACAUCAUCUUACGAGUGGAAAGCCCGUAACGCAAGCGGUUUAUUUCGCGAGAGUUCGAUCUAUACGAACUCGUCAAUAAAGACAAACAAACCCGAGUCGUCCCAUUCGUUGAUUGAACGUCUUCCUCCAAAUCGGUAUCGCGAAUUGCCAACAUGUACCCGACAAUGUCCAUCCGACUUUCCGCGCAAAACCCCUGUUUGAUGGUUCUGUCGCUUUCUCUGCCACUCUCUGUGCUGGUCGGUGGAACAAUAGGUCUCACGUCAGCAUCUCGGCAUCAUUGCCUGCUUGUAUAGGUUUAGGCAUACCUCGGUUUUGACAGCCUCUCUAUUCGCACUGUUGUCGCGGGAAAGGGCGGCACGAGUCGGACCAACGGAGGCCUCUCUCGAGUUCGCGUAGUUCGCCCUUUGUCAGCCCCCUCAGUAGGCAGUUACAUCAAAAACCGACCUUCGCUUAAGCGACGCUUCCUAUUUAGGAAAUAAUAUACAAACUUGUUGCACUGGCCUGUCGAGGCGGUGUGUAGUACUGGUGCAACAGCCAGUGCAGGGCUGAGUAAAUCAUGUGCAUCCCCGGUGUACGCAGAGCCUCAUAAUGACUCGGUUGCGAUGAGCCAGCUUUUCCAAUACCGACUGAAUGUCUUCACGCUCGCUACUCUAAGCGCAUUUUUCAUAUCUCCGGUCUUCCGCGCGCUUAUCCUUGGAUCUCUUGCUGUGCUUUUUUCUUUCCUGUUCCCGAGCCUUUUUCGUCAUUAUAGCACGAGGUCUGGACGGUGUGCAUUAGAGUCUUGGUGAUGCAAUUGCUUGGUCAGGAACGGGGGGCUCCCGUGACGUCUUCUCCCACCCUGCAAUUAACUGCAACGCCUCGUGCCUGUUCAGCUGUAUCCACAGGAGAAGCCAUGUCUGCCCAAGUACCCUAUUAUCGUGACCCGUACAGCCAUGCCAGGAGCAGCUCUGGGGGCAGCCACACUAGUCCCUACUCUAAUGCACAGUAUCCUUCUCCGCCGGACUCAAGCUCUAGUAGGAGCUUUCCCAACACUGGGGGCGCAUAUAACCACAAUAGCCCUCAGCGCAAUUCCCGAUCACGCAAUGCAAAUGCACGAGUAUAUGUGUCGAAUGCAAUGGAGGUUGAAUCUAGAGAAGAUCCGCUGCAGUUUUCCAUAACACAGUCCCCCAGGAACCCUAGCCUUCACUUCUUACUUGCGAGGGAUUCUGCAAGGGAGAAUUCUUUUACUCUUGAUCUGAACAUUGAUCCCUGCCACAUCGUCCCCCCAAGUGUAUAUCAGAACUAUGGUGCCCUUUGGGUAACGAGGGAUCGCCCAUUGCACUUCCGAAUCGUCUCGCGCGAAUUUCCUUGGGUGAUCGACAUCAGGGCAGGUGAGGCGCUCGAGGGGGGCGAACGGGGAGUAACAUGUGGUGACGUCUGGAGUCAUCUCUACCACGAACUCGCUAAGUCAAUAAGUAACGAGGACUGGGCGCACCUCAGCGACAUGGCCGCUACCGACCGGGUUGCGCGGGGACGCCACGAGUAUCUAGUCGAUCUUGCCAGGCAGCAAAUUGGAAGUGGCAAUAAUGUAUCGCUUGUCCGCCUAGACUGGCUCAUGAGGAAGACUGUCUUUGUCGGUCUGGAAAGAGACGAAGGGUACAGGCUAUCUACUCAGCGCCUCCUUCCCGGUAGCGAGCGAUGCACUGAGACGUGGGUCGCUCAUUUCGCUGAAAGUGAAUGAGGCGAGGUCCUACCUGUGGCACUCCUGCCAUACUUGGCUUGUUUCGCCGCCGAUACCCCCUGUAUAUUGCUGCAAAGUGGACUAGUACGUGUGUUAUUGUGUUUCUCAGUUACCUAAUGCGUGUACACACCUUCUGCAUGUAUUGCAUAUGUAUAACAUCCAUCUAUGAUAGUUAUUUCCUUAUUUGUAAAUGUCAAUAGUAAUAGG